AUAUUUAUAUGAGAGCCAGUAAGAAGCUUGUCAUUCUCAGCAUUGAAUACUUUGGUGUGAUAUUCAAGAUGGAAUCUCACAUUUGGAGGACUACUGGCAAAUUUAGUUUUGCAACCGUCAUACUGUUGCUUGCAAUUUGCAAUUCAGGUCUAGGAUUCUUCAUUAGUAGACCUAAUAAUUCAUCUGUUGAACUUGAUGCUCAUCAUAUACAACAGUUCAUUGUUGGCGGAAAAAAGGCAUCUGAUGGAGAAUUCAAGGCACAAGCCGCUCUGUGCAAGCAUAAGCCAGACCACCUUGUUCUGCGAUGUGCUUGCACUAUUGUCAGUGUUUGUCACGCGCUGACGGCUGGUCACUGUGUCUGGGGUUUUCAAGAGACCCCUGAAAAAUUCAGGAUACUUUGCGGUGUUACCAACGUGGAGGAAUAUGAUCCAAAUAGAGAUGUGUUCACCGUAGAUAAGAUAUACAUUCAUGAUAAUUACGAAAACAGCCUGCCUCCAAAAAAUGAUAUAGCAAUGUGUCGGGUUCGUGAGAAAUUUUCCGAUCAUAGUAAACUAGCUCCAGCAAGACUUCCCACUUCCAGACCCAGAGCAAACCAAAUGGGUACAGCAUGUGGAUGGGGACUUGUAUCACCUGACAAAAAGGUGAUCUCUCCAGACCUGAUGAGAGUAGAUAUGCCAGUCAUGGAUAUCUAUAAAUGCUACGGUUACUAUGCACCCAAGGUGAAGGUCGACACUGUUGGGUGUGUAUGUGGAGGAUACGGACAAUACGGACCAUCAAUCUGUAAUGGUGAUUCUGGAGGCCCAUUUUAUUGCAAUGGAGAAAUGAUUGGGGUUGCAUCGUGGGGACAUCAAAAAUGUAAGGGAUAUCCCAGUGUUUUCACAUCAACUUACGCACACAGGGAAUUCAUCGAAAGAUGUAUGGCGGAUGUUGAUGACAAGGCCUAUUAGAAUGAACAUUUCGCUUAUUCAUUGCUGGAGGUGGAAAUUGUCGUCAACUUCCAUCCAGAAUUAUUGGUUAUAGUGUCUUGUUCGUAGUUUGUAGUUGGUCAACAUUUAAACAAUAUUCUCGUCUCAAUAUUCGAACAAAACUGUUUACACUUAUUAGAAAUACUGAAUAUAUAUUAUCAAGAUAGGCUUAUGCAUUUUGAUAAUUUCCAAACUUAAUUUCUGACAGUAGGCCUAAUUUCAAUUUAUUUUCAAACCUUUCUGGAGAUCAAAAUAUUACCUAUGGGUAUUGUUCGUGACUGUUGAUUUUUUGUCUCUAGGAUUUUUUUUUAUAAUUAUUUCAGAAUGACAUUCUCAACAUAGAACAGGUGAAUCAGAAUUCUUCUUGAUGUUAUCCUAUAUUAUCCGACAGGCUGCUCUGUUGUAGGAUCUACAAAUAACUAACUAUUCUGUUCUGUUUUCUUCAUUAUUACUGUAGGAGAGUCCAUAAAUUUGUCUGAGAUAAAUUUCAAAUAUCAUAUUACCGUAGGCUAUCUGUUGAAUCGAUGCUUGUUGUAUAAUUAUCAAAUUAUAAGAUCAGAAGUUUUAAAAUAGUUUUCAGGCACGAACUUACCAGUAUUUUCUCCAAUUUUCUCUUUUUCAAAUUGAUCAACUCGAACUAGAAGCUAUGAGAUCUCAUAUCUAGAGCUCAUAAAUCGACAAAGAGCUGUAUUUUCAAGCCUGUUUUGUCUUAUAAUCAACAAUAUCUUCAAUAAUAAUCAAUUCUUUCUUGACAUUCCCAUUUCAAUAAAACUCUUAUUUCAUUAAAAUUCUUUGAUCAAUAUUGAUCUUUGAGCCUAUUGAUUUUCCCUCAAAAACACAACAUCCGCUUUUGUGUUUUUCAAAUAGUCGUGAAUAUUUUACUUUAAUUCUUUCAAGAACCUUCAAGUAGUGAUUUUCAAAAUCUCAGUGUAUUUAUCAAAUAAUGUUUAAUUAAUUAGUUUUUCAUUGUGUAAUAUCUAUUUGAUUUAUUGGUUUAAUUUGUAGUUGAAUUGUAGAAUCGGUGGUAGUUAAAAUAGUAGUCGUUUUGGUACUGUAGUAGAUGUAGUGAUAGUAGUAGUAGUAGUAGGCUACCGUACUACUAGUGUAGUGUAUAGAAUUGAGAUAGUUGGUAUUUUGGGUACUUUUCAAUUGUUGUGUAAUUCACAAUAAAGUGUUGCAGCGAGUUAAA